AUUAAUAAAUGAUGGGAAGAUCACCAAGCAGUGAAGAAAAUGGACUAAAGAAAGGCCCGUGGACGCCAGAAGAAGAUCAAAAGCUCAUCGAUUACAUUGAGCGUAACGGACAUGGUAGUUGGAGAGCACUGCCUUCACUUGCUGGUCUUAAUAGGUGUGGCAAAAGUUGUAGGUUGAGAUGGACUAAUUACCUUCGUCCUGAUAUCAAGAGAGGCAACUUUACCGAAGAGGAAGAAAAACUCAUUAUACACCUUCAUUCUCACCUUGGAAACAAGUGGUCCGCAAUUGCAACACAUCUUCCAGGAAGGACAGAUAACGAGAUCAAGAAUUUUUGGAACACCCAUCUGAAGAAAAAGCUACUCCAAAUGGGAAUUGACCCUAAUAAUCACAAGCAUCAAUCAAAUUUCUACUCCAAAAAUCAUUUAACAAUGCGAUCUUCUUCUUCAUCUCGUUAUUAUUCAAAACCUACCACUAACAGCAACAAGAAUUAUAAUAAUAAUAAUAAUGGAUUUGGGAUUGGAAUUAGUUACAGGAAGAAGGAAAUGGAUCAUGGACACAAAUCGGACGGUCCUAAAUUUGUUGCACGUUCUUCUUCGGGUUCAGAAUCACGUAUGAAUUCGAGUUCAAAGGGGAGGAUUAUAUUUUGGUCAGGUGUUACUUUAGUUUUAGCCGUUGGGAAUCGAGUGCUUUAUAAGCUUGCAUUGGUGCCUAUGAAGGACUUUCCUUUUUUCUUGGCUCAACUCAACACUUUUGGGUAUGUGGCAAUUUAUUUUUCUAUACUGUAUAUGAGGCAUCGUGCUAGAAUUGUAACUGAUGAGAUGCUGACCAUUCCAAAAUGGCGCUUUGCGGUCAUUGGUAUGCUAGAAGCCCUGGGAGUUGUCACUGGGAUGUACUCUGCAGCAAUGCUCCCUGGACCAGCUAUACCAAUAUUGAACCAGACAUUUUUGUUGUGGCAACUGGCUUUUUCUGCUCUCCUUCUAGGAAGAAGGUACUCAUGGAACAAAAUCGCCGGAUGUUUACUAGUCGCUGCUGGAGUAGUUACAGCUAUUGCAAGUGGAUCGGAAAGCGGUCAAAUGCUAGCAGGAGUCGGGUUGUUGUGGCCAAUAAUGAUGGUAGUAUCAAGUGCAUUCCAAGCUGGUGCAAGCAUUAUUAAGGAAUAUGUUUUCAUUGAUGCUGUUACCCAUCUCAAGGGGAAGUUGCUUGACAUAUUUGUUGUUAAUUCAUUUGGUUCCGGGUUCCAGGCUCUUUUCGUGCUUCUCUUUCUCCCACUAUUAUCAAAUCUGAAGGGGAUACCAUUUCAAGAGCUUCCUUCAUACAUAAUGAGUGGUGCUGGUUGCUUUCUCAACGUUGGGACCAGUUCAGGUUGUGACGGAUCACCACUCUUACCAUUACUUUAUAUAGUCAACAAUAUCGCAUUCAACAUAUCAAUUCUCAACUUGGUCAAAAUUUCUUCGGCUGUAGUCUCCUCGCUGGCAGUUGUAUUAUCAGUGCCAACCACCAUAUAUAUUCUUUCCCUUCCGCUACCGUACCUCCCUGAAGGUGUAACUUUGAGCCCUUUCUUCUUGUUUGGGAGUGUGAUCCUUGUGUUGGGUCUCAUUUUAUACAAUGUUCCUCAGCGUAGCAAGUAGCACUCUCACUCUGAGUUCAUGUAAGAUGUAACACAUGUGUAGCUUACGCCCAUAUUCUUUUGUUUUAUAGUGAUAUUCUUUGUUCCAACAGGUAGUUGUGGUAAAGCUACUUUUAGUGACAAUAAAGAUUCAUAUUUGUAUGCAAUCAAUAUUGAUUCAAAAUUGUCAAUGAUAGCAUCUUAUGAAA